AUGGCCCCAGGGACGCCCCGGACGGGCCAGGCUGCGGGGACGCGGGGAGGCUGGGGGGUCAUCUGCUUGGUGGCAUCUCUGCUCCUCCAGCACCAGGGCGUCCACGGCAAGUGCUACUUCCAAGCUCAAGCCCCCUGCCACUAUGAGGGGAAGUAUUUCACCCUGGGCGAGUCUUGGCUCCGCAAGGACUGCUUCCACUGCACCUGUCUGCAUCCGGUCGGUGUGGGCUGCUGUGACACGUCCCAGCAUCCUAUCGACUUCCCUGCGGGCUGUGAGGUACGCCAGGAGGCAGGAACAUGCCAGUUCUCCCUCGUGCAAAAAUCUGACCCUCGGCUGCCCUGCAAAGGGGGUGGGCCCGACCCAGAGUGGGGCUCAGCUAACACCCCUGUGCCUGCGGCGCCUGCUCCCCACUCCAGCUAA